AGCCCAGAAGCAGCAAUGGCGGACCCCGUCGAGCUCGUGCGACGCCUCUGCAUCCGGUUCCCUCCGCCGACGCAGCCCCCGCAGCGCUCCAGACCGCCGCGAUGCGUCGUCAGGACUCGCCUCGGCCGCCUCCCGGGCUCUCUCCUGUCGCUCCGGUGCCGCGCGCUCGACGCCAGCAAGCCGGCGGCGGUCCAGGGGGAGCAGUGCGAGGAGGACGACGACGAGGAACCCUACUUCUCAGUGACAUCGUCGAGACUGUCGGAGGUCGACUACCUCGGGGAGAGCACCAAGGGGGAUUUGAACGUACGGAGGAGGCACCUCGACGCGCUCGGUGGGAAUGGAAAGUCAACGCUGCAUGGUCCUAUAGAGGAGAUAGCUUGGAAAGAAGCCAGAGAAGCUGAAACGUUGCUCAGUGACUUGGGAAUUGCAGAUCCUUUAACAGUAAGGAACUCUCCUCGUGGAAUUUUCUGCACCAGGACGCUGAAUCUCCGAUCUAUCAGUGUCAUUGGCUAUGACAUGGAUUAUACCUUGAUUCACUACAAUGUGAUGGCCUGGGAAGGACGUGCAUAUGACUAUGGGAUGGCCAACCUGAAGGGCAUGGGUUUCCCUGUUGAUGACCUUGAAUUUGAUCCUGACCUGGUUAUUAGAGGUCUUAUUAUGGAUAAAGUAAAAGGAAACUUGGUAAAAGCUGACCGUUUUGGCUACAUAAAGAGGGUCAUGCAUGGUACCCGGAUGCUGCCCACUCGUGCUGUGAGUGAAAUAUAUGGACGGGAAUUGGUGGACCUGCGGAAAGAAAAUACAUGGGAGUUCCUUAAUACCCUCUUCUCUGUUUCAGAAGCUGUUAUGUUCAUGCAGAUGGUUGACAGGUUGGACCAAGGAUUGGUGCCUGCUGAACUUGGGCCACUGGAUUACAAAGGACUCUACGAUGCUGUUUCCAAAGCACUUUUUCGAGCACAUGUAGAAGGUCAACUCAAGAGCGAAAUAAUGGCUGAGCCAGAGCGAUUUGUGGAGCCUGAUCCAGAACUGCCUCUAGCUCUUCUAGAUCAAAAAGAGGCUGGAAAAAGGCUGCUUCUAAUUACUAACUCAGAUUACCACUAUACGAACAAAAUGAUGAAUCAUGCAUUCAAUCGCUUUCUUCCUAAUGAUAUGGGAUGGAGAGAUCUAUUUGAAAUGGUUAUAGUCUCCGCGAGGAAGCCAGAGUUUUUCCAAAUUUCGCAUCCAUUAUACGAGGUUGUAACUAACGACGGAUUAUUGCGUCCCUGUUUUAAAGCAAAUUCAGGUGGCUUGUACUCUGGUGGUAGUGCUCAGAUGGUUGAGAAGUCCCUAGAUAUUCAUGGAGAUGAGAUAUUAUAUGUGGGGGACCAUAUUUUCACAGAUGUAAGCCAAUCAAAAGUUCAUUUACGAUGGAGGACAGCAUUAAUAUGCCGAGAAUUGGAAGAUGAGUUUAACGCACUGAUCCAGAGCCAUACUCAGAAAGAAAAGCUUGUCACACUUAUAGAACAAAAGGAAAUUGUGGGAGACCUUUUUAACCAACUGCGCCUCGCUCUACAGAGACGCACAAAUUCACGUCCUGCACAGACGCUUGCUGCAACUUGUAUGAAUGAUCAGGAGCUUACAGAAAGUAUGCAAAAGUUGCUUAUUGUUAUGCAGAGAUUAGACGAAAAGAUUGCGCCAUUGCUUGAAUCGGAUGGAGAACUUUUCAAUAAAAGAUGGGGUUGGCUGUCGCGUGCUGGCCUAUCGGACAAGAGUCAUCUAACCAGGCAAAUUGAGAAAUAUGCUGAUAUAUACACAUCAAGGGUUUCAAAUUUCCUACACUAUACUCCAUUCAUGUAUUUCCGAUCACAAGAACAGACGCUUGCACAUGACGUUCAUUCCUAUUCGCGCGGUCAAUAACAUUGGUGUCAACGGCAUGGUCGAUGUUCAAUUCACAUGCGAUAGAUUAGGUGAUGGGGAAAAGAAGAGGUAAAGGAAUGCAGUGAAGCUGGUUGUGACUGUGGCCGUGGUUGCUGGCUGCAACAGCAUCUGGAUACCAUUGCAAAGACUGCUGACUCAGGAAAUCUUGCGAUGUGUAAGUAAUUUAUAGUCGUCUGGGCAUAUGUAAGUAAUUCAUUAGUGUAAAUUGUUAACACGAUUAGAAACUUAGAAUAAGCAACGUGGUUGAUUUUUUUUUUUGGUUUAUUGAGGAAUAAUAACGACUAGUGUGACUUGCAGUGCAUGAUAUAAAAUGUGACAAGAUGGAAGUGGAGAUCCGGUGGGUCAUUAUGUAAUCUUGUCCAAAUAUAUGUAUAAUGAAAAGGUUGCGUCUCUGUGACCAUAGAUGAAA